AUUAAAAAAAAAUCCUAAGUUUCAACUUCUCUCUCAAAUCUCCGCCGACCGCCGCCUCCGACCGCCGACGCCGCAGACCGCCGACGCAGACCGCCGCCAUCGCCUCUCUAGUCUACAUCUCCGCAGUCUGAAUCCAUCCUCAGUCCGCCGCCUUCGCCUAUUCCUGCGGCUCUAUCUAUUUUUCUGCGGAAGUAGCAGGAUCGUCUAAGCAAACUUGCUGAACCUGGGUUUUAAUUUAAUCUUUCAGCAGCCCUAGGCGGCUUAGCUUGUUUGAUUUCCGAUGGCUUGCGUCUACAUUCCGGUACAGAACUCCGAGGAGGAAGUCAGAGUGGUUCUUGAUCAGCUACCUAGAGACGCUUCUGAUAUCCUUGACAUACUCAAGGCUGAACAGGCGCCAUUAGAUCUCUGGUUAAUUAUCGCGAGGGAAUAUUUUAAGCAAGGAAAAAAUGAGCAAUUUCGUCAAAUUCUGGAGGAGGGGUCCAGUCCAGAAAUUGAUGAAUACUAUGCUGAUGUUAGAUAUGAAAGGAUUGCUAUCCUAAAUGCGUUAGGUGCAUAUUACAGCUACCUUGGAAAAAUUGAGACAAAGCAAAGAGAAAAAGAGGAACAUUUUAUAAUGGCGACACAAUACUACAAUAAAGCGUCAAGAAUCGACAUGCACGAGCCAUCUACUUGGAUUGGGAAAGGUCAGCUUUUACUGGCAAAGGGUGAUUUAGAGCAGGCAUUUGCUGCUUUCAAGAUUGUACUUGAUGGUGAUCGUGACAAUGUUCUUGCUCUUCUUGGUCAGGCUUGUGUACAAUUUAACCGUAGUCGAUAUUCAGAUUCGCUGGACUUGUAUAAGAGGGCGUUGCAAGCCUAUCCACACUGCCCUGGAUCAGUGAGAUUGGGAAUAGGUCUAUGUCGCUAUAAAUUGGGACAACAUUCAAAGGCAAAGCUAGCAUUUCGGCGUGUUUUACAGUUAGAUCCAGAAAAUGUUGAGGCACUUGUAGCGCUUGGUAUUAUGGAUCUGCAAACAAAUGAAGCCACAGACAUUAGGAAGGGAAUGGACAAGAUGCAAAGAGCUUUUGAGAUAUACCCCUAUUGUGCCAUGGCAUCAAAUUUUCUGGCUAAUCAUUUUUUCUUCACUGGCCAACACUUUUUGGUUGAACAACUGACUGAAACUGCUCUUGCUGUUACUAAUCAUGGACCUACAAAAUCACAUUCAUAUUAUAAUCUGGCCAGAUCUUACCAUAGUAAGGGGGACUACGAGAAAGCUGGACUUUAUUACAUGGCAUCUGUGAAGGAAAUCAGCAAGCCUCAAGACUUUGUCUUACCUUAUUAUGGUCUAGGACAAGUGCAGCUGAAAUUGGCUGACUACAGAAGUGCUCUUUCAAACUUUGAAAAGGUUUUGGAGGUUUUUCCUGAAAAUGGCGAGGCAUUGAAGGCCGUUGGACACAUUUAUGGUCAACUUGGGCAGACUAGCAAGGCUUUGGAGACUCUUAAGAGAGUUACUAAGAUUGAUCCACGUGAUGCUCAGGCAUUUUUGGAUCUUGGAGAGUUGCUAAUUUCAACAGAUCCUGGAGCUGCUCUAGAUGCCUUGAAAACCGCACGCAGUUUAAUGGAGAAGGGACAUGAAGAAGCCCCAAUAGAGUUGUUUAAUGAUAUCGGUGUUCUCCAUUUUGAUAGAGGAGAGUUUGAGCUAGCUGAGGAAUGUUUCUUGGAGGGAUUGGGUGAUGGUAUCUGGCGCAUGUUAAUUGAUUCUAAAGGGAAACAUUAUCCUAUUGAUUCCACUGGAUCUAUCUCACAUUACAAAGACAUGCAAAUAUUCCAUCAGCUUGAGCGUGAUGGUUUUCCUGUUGAAUUACCUUGGAACAAAGUGCCAAUAUUGUUUAACCUGGCCAGACUACUUGAGCAAUUACAUAACGUUCAGGCCUCAAGUAUACUAUACCGCCUGAUCUUGCUUAAGUAUCCAGAUUACGUUGAUGCUUAUUUAAGACUGGCAGCCAUUGCAAAUGCACGUAAUAACAUUGAGAUGAGCAUGGAGCUGGUAUCAGAUGCUUUGAAGGUGGAUGACAAAUGUGCGGAUGCUUUACUUAUGCUUGGUGACUUGGAGCUUAAAAAUGAUGAUUGGUUAAAGACAAAGGAUACCUUCAAAGCUGCUAAAGAUGCAAGUGAUGAUAAAGAUUCUUAUGCAACCAUAUGCCUGGGGAAUUGGAACUACUUUGCUGCAGUUCGUUCUGAGAAGAGAAACCCAAAGUUGGAAGCUACACAUCUAGAAAAAGCCAAGGAACUCUACACAAAAGUUCUUGUUAAUCAUAGUUCCAAUUUAUAUGCUGCUAAUGGUGCUGGAGUUGUUUUUGCUGAGAAAGGUCAAUUUGAUGUUUCAAAAGACCUUUUUACUCAGGUUCAAGAAGCUACCAGUGGUAAUGUAAUUUUACAGAUGCCAGAUGUGUGGAUAAAUUUGGCACAUGUUCAUUUUGCACAGGGAAAUUUUUCAUUGGCUGUUAAGAUGUAUCAGAAUUGUUUGCGGAAGUUUCAUUAUAGCACUGAUAGCCAGAUUCUUCUUUAUCUGGCCCGUACCCAUUAUGAAGCUGAACAGUGGGAAGAUUGCAAAAAAACAUUGUUGAGAGCGAUACACUUGGCGCCUUCAAAUUACACAUUGAAAUUUGACGCAGGAGUAGCAAUGCAAAAAUUCUCUGCAUCAACCCUACAAAAAGAGAAAAGAACGGCUCAAGAGGUACGAUCAACAGUUGCCGAGCUUAAAAAUGCAGUUCGGAUAUUUAGUCAGUUAGCUGCAGCUUCAAAUCUCCAGUUCCAUGGGUUUGAUGAGAAAAAAAUUGAAACCCAUGUCAAUUACUGCAAGCAUUUGCUUCUGGCUGCAAAAGCUCACUGUGAGGCAGCUGAGCGAGAUGAGCAGCAGAACAAACAGAGAAUAGAACUUGCUCGUCAGGUCUCCUUGGCUGAGGAAGCCCGUAGAAAAGCAGAAGAGCAAAGGAAGUUUCAGAUGGAGAAAAGGAAACAGGAGGAUGAACAUAAGCAAGUUAUGCAACGAGAAGAACAUUUACAGCGAAUGAAGGAACAAUGGAAGAGUAGCAGUCAUGGUGCUAAGCGGAAGGAUAGAUCUCAGUUUGAUGAUGAGGAUGGCGGUGGACAUGGAGAAAAGAGACGAAAGAAGGGAGGAAAGAGGAGAAAGAGAGAUAAGAGUUCAAAGUCACGUAAUGAAAAUGAGGAACCAGAGGAUGAAGCUGUGUAUGAUCACGAGGAUAUUGAGGAAGAAGAGACUAACGACCAUGUGUAUCCCCAUCAUAAGUUAAAUGACGAAGAAGAUAAUGAAGGGGGAGAAAAUGCUCAGGACCUUCUUGCUGCUGCUGGACUCGAAGACUCUGAUGUGGACGAGGCUGCUCCUUCACAAACAAAUCGGCGGAGGCAAGCAUUUUCAGACUCAGAUGAGGAAUAGAUUCUUGAAAAGGGACAAACAAGAAUCUGAAAUGGUGCUCAUAAGCACUAACAUCAAAUAUGUACUAAGAGGAGUCCUAUACAUAGUGUAAGGAUACACGGAUCGAUCAGCAGGUUAGUUGCUUCACCUUGAAAUCCACCCAUAUAGAAGAGAGCCAAGGAUUUUGAUGGAAAACUGUAAUUUGAAGUUGGUUGUUUUUAGUUUGUUUCAUUGCUUGCUGGAAAAAAGAAAAGUUAAUGCUAAUUGCCUCAUCUUCUGAAGUCAUAAUUCACUGCACUACUUUUGAAGAUGGAGCAUAAUUGGGCUGUUAUUAUUGCAGUUUGAUAAUUUAUAUCCCAAAAUAUGAAUCUUAGUGCCUAGCUGAAAAUGAAAAGUUAUAAUUUGAU